CAUAUUUUUUUUGUUAUUUCCAAAUUUAUAAAAUUAAUUUUUACAUAAAUAUAAUACUCGACGUAAAAUCGUAAAAAUUUAAAUUAAAAAAAGUAACUUUAUCUAUUUUAAACCGUAUUUAACUAGUCUGUAUUUAUAGCUUUAAAAUUUAGUUUUUUUUUAAUUUAGUAUUAAAGAAGGCUUAAAAUGUUUGGUACAAUUAGAGAAAAGCUUCAAAGUGUAGUUCAAGAAGGCUUAACUGCAAGUUUAAGGGGCUUGUCUACUAAUGAGUCUAACAUUGUUUCUAUUAACAAUGAUGAAUGUUUAGUUAAUUUUGAUGCUGGUGCAGAUUUAUUACACAAAUAUCAAACAGAAUGGAACCAACUGCAUUUGUUAGCUGAAGAUAACUCACAUAAAGCUGAGGAAGUUAGUGAAUUAAUUGGUGUGUUACAUCAUCAAAUGAAUAAGCAGUGGAAACAAAUGGAUAUUAUGACUUCUUGUUUGAAAUCAGUACCUACUCUAGUUAACAAUAUUGAAAAUGCUAUUAAAGACAUGGAUUGCAUUCAAAAAUUAAUCAUUAAUGUAGAGCACCAAUUGUUAAAACUUGAAGAUAUUGUUGAAGAACAGGAGUUGCAAGAACAAAUGUUAAAUGAAAGAUUUCAGCUAGCUGUGUACAGAGGGAAAAAGCUUAAAGAACUAGAAGAAACAAGCAAUAUAUUGGAGGCGGAACAUAUAGAAAAAGUUGAAGAAUUGGAAAAAAAAAUUAAUAUUAAACUUAAAGAAAGACAAGAAAUUUUCAAUCAAGUAUUCCAACAAGAUAUGCGUCAGUAUAUUAUAUCUGGCAUUAUUCCUGUUAUGAAAAAUAAUAGUGGACGUGAUGAAGUUUCACUCGAGGAUAUUGAAAUAGAAGAUGACACUGAAGCUUUAAAUGAACUUCUAAAUUCUUAAAAUUAUUAUAGAAUAAUUAAAAUGGUACAAAGUUACUUGAUUUAAGUGGAUUUAUUCAGGGUUUAUGUCUUCCAGACUUAGUACUGUGAUGUAUUGAGUUAAAGUGUUAAGAUAUGUUAUUAUUAUUAUUGAAUUAUAAAAGUUUUAUUUUUUACUAUGUAGAUAUAUAAAUAAAUUUUAAUUUAGCAUAAUAAUAAAAAAAUUACUAUUAAUUUAAUUUAAUAAUUUAUUAGAAGGUUUAAUUUAAUGUAAAGUUCAGCUAAAAAUUUUAUCCUGGCUAUAGAAGUACUUAAAUAAUACUAGGGCUAAAAAUGAUGCGCUAAAAACCUACAUUUAAUACAUUAAAAAAGUUAUCAAUUAUGCUUUUAAAAAUAUCUUUAUAAUGUGAAAAAUAGUUUACAAAUUUAAUAUUUAGUCAAAAAUAAUAUUUUACAACUGACAAAUAAUUUACUAACUUACCACAUUUGAGUUUAUAAAUAUUAAUAUUUAGAAUACUUGAAUGAAAUUUUAUAUCUAUGUGAAAAAAUGAAUGACCAAGUAUUUAACUUGUUUCAAAAUAUCACACAGCAAAUAUUCAAAUGCAGUUUGUAACCUUGAAAUCCUACUUGGCUAUUUCUCUGACCAUAUCUUAAAUCAUUUUUAAGAAAUCUAAAAAUUAUUAUUUAAUUUUAUUUUACUACCUGAAUUCCAAUCACAAUAAUUUGGCUUCAAAGAACUUCAUUUAUAAAGUGGUAAAUUAGAAAUCACUUGAAAAAAUCUUAAAAAGACCUAAAAAUUAUGGUAUUAUAAAGUCUUAAAGGACUUAAUCUAGGAAUGAAAAACUAUAAAUAGUUUUAAAAAUAUCUAAUAAAAUGUUUUUUAACUAUCGUUACUACUAUGAUACAUUUGUAAACAUUAUACAAACCACUCUUCUUAUCCAAGUAUUACAAAUUUUUGUUAUACUAUAUUUUUUUAUGAAUAAAAGUUAUUUAAUUUUUUGUACAUUUACAUAAAAUUUUCAUUGUUCACAAGAUAUGUGCUAAAAUAAUGUGAAAAAAAAUGCAAAUGCUACAAAUUCCUAGCCCUAAUUAUUACAUGUAUGAUUUUAAAAGAGAAAACUCAUAAAUUUAUACUUAGAAAACAAUGUUGAUGAAAGUUUAUUUUCAAUCAAAAACAUACUCUAAUAAAUUAAGUAUAAAAAUUAUUUUGCAAUAAUACAUAACUAAACUACUUAUUAAAAUCAUAUUAUUCUAAUUUAUUCCAUAUUAAUUUAAAAAAACAUUUCAUUAACCCUUAAAAGACUAAUGCACCCUAAUGGUUACUCGACAAGAGUUUAUUUUAAGAUAAAGUUGGUGCUAUCAAAUUUUCAUUAUCUGAUACUUCAUAAAAUAGUGUAUCGGCUUUUAAGGGUUAAGUAGCAGCAACA